AUGUCUCCCAGAUUUUGUAUUAUAAUUUUGUUUGGCCCUGGUUGGUAUGAAAAACAGCUUUUAGCUGACACCCGCCAGGUUAAAUAAAGGCUAUUAUUAUUAUUAUUAUUAUUAUUAUUAUUAUUAUUAUUAUUAUUAAAUGUUCUAUAUAACGUUAGAAAUCUAGAGAAUUCAAAAAAUAGUGUACUCUCUUGAAAACUCACUUUUUGCUGUGAGCUAUUAUUAUAAUUUUAAUGUCGACGACCGAUAUUAUCUAAGCGAGGGACCGCAUUGCCAAAAUAAUGACGCGUGCGGCUCGUCGCCUCGUCGGCAUCCAUGAAUUCGGUGUAUGUGAGUAGGGAUUUGCCCCGUCAUGGCAAUAAGUAUGAGUUUUUAAUAUGGCCUUACGAGGCAGCAUGGCCUUCCGCGGUCCACCCACCUUACUAAGACUUCGAAUUCAAAUUUGUUACAAAAGACAGGAGAGCUCUCAAUGACGUUUGUCCUUUUUCAGUGUCGAAGGCAAAAAUAAUCGGCAAUCCGGACCUGUACAUCCGCAGCGGAAGCGACAUUAACCUGACCUGCGUGGUACUCCAAACUCCAGAUCCUCCCAGUUUCAUCUACUGGUAUCGAGGAGGCAACGUCAUCAACUACUCGCAACGAGGAGGCAUCAGUGUUGUCACCGAGAAACAGACGCGUACCAGUAGAUUGCUCAUAUCCAGGGCCCUGCCUGAAGAUAGUGUGACUCCGAGGGACUUACAAAAGCAAGUAGCAGAUGGCGCCGUGAGGUGCAUGUCCUACAAGGUGAAACCCCAGCGGCCAUGCAACAUGGAGCUUCGUCAAUCCGAGUUUGUGGACUUUUGA